AUGUGGAUUUUACCUCUUGUUGGUUACCUCGGCUCCAUCGUGGGCUUUUGCUUCUUGACAUUGGCUAUAGCUUCCGGCCUAUACUAUCUCUCAGAGCUCGUCGAGGAACACACCGUCAUUGCGAAACGACUCCUUACGAAACUCAUCUACUCCGUCAUUGCUCUUCAAGUCAUACUAUGUGUUGUCGACGGCUUCCCCUUCACUUUGACGUUGAUGGGCGUCGCAUCGCAUUUGAUAUAUCUGGGUAAUAUGCGACGCUUCCCGUUUGUGAAGCUAUCGGAUCCUUUGUUCAUUGCUUCUUGUGUCUUGGUCCUUGUCAACCAUUACUUUUGGUUCCAACACUUUUCCGAUGCGCAACACAAGUCUUACUCGCGCAUGUCAUCCGUCUACGACCAGCCGGAUAUACCAAGCUUCACUGAAAUAGCCUCCUAUUUCGGUUUGUGCGUAUGGCUUAUUCCUUUUGCCUUAUUUGUCAGCCUUUCGGCUAGCGACAAUGUAUUACCCACAAUCGGCACCGAACAAUCCUCUCAUGACGAUGGGAAGAACAAGCGCCAAGGCAUGGUGAAAUUGAUAGUUGACAAUGUACUCACGGUCAUCGGAGAAGUCUCCCGGAUGGCAGGGUGGAAGAGACCAGAGGAUCGCUUUUGA